GUGAGCUGCUGUUGCUCUGUUCUACUGAAGAGGCUCCUCAUGGGGCCAGAGGAACAUCGCCCGGCUGUGAGGCAUGAAGGCUGCUCCCCACAAGGCCCUUUCCACAUGGCCUAGGGGGUGAGGCCCACACUCACCAGCCCUACUGAAGAGGUGAAUUAUUAUUAUUAAUUAAUUUAUUAUUAUUAUAUCUACCCUGCCUAUCUGGUUGGGUUUCCCCAGCCACUCUGAGUGGCUUCCAACAGAAGGUUAAAAAUACAUUAAAACAUCAGUCAUUAAUAACUUUCCUAAAGAGGGCUGCCUUCAUGAUGCCGGAGGAAUAUCGCCCGGCCGUAAGUAUGAAGGCCGCUCCCUGCAAGGCCCUGUCCUCUGGCAUAGGGGGCAGGGCCCAGACUCACCCAGCCCUACUAAAGAGGCUAAUAAUAAUAAUAAUAAUAAUAAUAAUAAUUUAUUAUCUCUACACCGCCCAUCUGGCUGGGUUUCCCCAGCCACUCUAAGCGGCUUCCAACAGAAGGUUAAAAAUACAUUAAAACAUCAGUCAUUAAAAACUUCCCUAAACAAGGCUGCCUUCAUGAGGCCGGAGGAACAUCGCCCGGCUGUGAGGCAUGAAGGCCACUCCCUGCAAGGCUCUUUCCACCUGGUCUAGGGGGUGAGGCCCACCAGCCAUACUGAAGAGGUGAAUUAUUAUUAUUAUUAUUAUAUGGACACAGUGAUCCAUGCGACGGUCACCUCCAGGCUUGACUACUGUAAUUCGCUCUACGCGGGGCUGCCCUUGAAGCUGUCCCAGAAACUCCAGCGGGUGCAGAAUGCUGCAGUGAGACUCCUCACGGGGUCUCUGCCAUGGGAGCAUAUUCAUCCAGUUCUUUUCCAGCUGCACUGACUCCCGGUGGAGUACAGGGUCAGAUUUAAGGUGCUGCUUUUGACCUUUAAAGCCCUUCACGGCCUAGGACCCUCGUACCUACGGGACCGCCUCUCCCGGUAUGCCCCACGGAGGACCUUAAGGUCCAUAUAUAGCAACACCCUAGUGGUCCCAGGCCCUAAGGAAGUUAGAUUGGCUUCAGCCAGAGUCAGGGCCUUUUCAACUCUGGCUCCGGCCUGGUGGAAAGCUCUGCCUCAUGAGACCAGGGCCCUGCAGGAUCUGAUUUCUUUCCACAGGGCCUGUAAAACGGAGUUGUUCCACCUGGCCUUUGGCUCAGAAUCAGUUUGAUUCCCUCCCCCUCUUUCUUUUUGCUUUCUCCUCCCAUGAAACGAUUGUUCCCUAAUUGUUUUAAUGUUGUAUCUUAAUCUUUUAAAUUGUAUUUUAAUCAACUUGUUUUUAUUAUUGGUUGUUAGGGAGGGCGGGUAUAAAUAAAAUAUUAUUAUUAUUAUUAUUAUUAUUAUUAUUAAUUAUUAUAUCUACCCCGCCCAUCUGGUUGGGUUUUUCCAGCCACUCUGAGUGGCUUCCAACAGAAGGUUAAAAAUACACUGAAACAUCAGUCAUUAAAAACUUCCCUAAACAGGGCUGCCUUCAUGAGGCCGGAGGAACAUCGCCCAGCUGUGAGGCAUGAAGGCCACUCCCUGCAAGGCCCUGUCCCCCUGGCCUAGGGGGUGAGGUCCAGACUCACCAGCCCUACAAAAGAGGCUCCUCAUGAGGCCGGAGGAACAUCGUCCGGCUGUUGUUUUAUUGUUUUAUUGAUUUAAUAUGCUGUAAACCACGGGACGCGGGUGGCGCUGUGGGUAAAACCUCAGUGCCUAGGGGUUGCCGAUCGCAUGGUCGGCGGUUCGAAUCCCCGUGGCGGGGUGAGCUCCCGUCGUUCGGUCCCAGCUCCUGCCCACCUAGCAGUUCGAAAGCACUCUUAAGUGCAAGUAGAUAAAUAGGUACCGUUUUAUAGCGGGAAGGUAAACGGCGUUUCCGUGUGCUGCGCUGGUGCUGGCUCGCCAGCUGCAGCUUCGUCACGCUGGCCACGUGACCCAGAAGUGUCUUUGGACGGCGCCGGCUCACGGCCUCUAGAGCGAGAUGAGCACGCAACCCUAGAGUCGGACACGACUGGCCCAUAUGGGCAGGGGUACCUUUACCUUUACCUAAACCACUUUGAGAUUUUUAUUAAAAAUAUAAAGCAGUAUAGAAAUUAAAAAAAUAAAUAAGGGUAUCCACUAUUAUUUGCUCUUUCCAUUGAACCCUUAACAGCACCAAAAAAACACAAUGUAAAUUUCUGGAGUGUUGAUAUACAAGGUUAAAGUCCAGAUGAUCACUUUGUUCUCAAAUGAAAUUGUGCUUUUAUUGUCUAACCCAGAGGAAAUGAUGCCUGAAGUUUGGGGAGAAUUAGACUAAUGAAGCAAAAUCUGAUUUGCAACUUUGCUAGCUUCAACGUUUCCCUUUGAUAACUAAAGCAUUUGGGAACAUGUAAGGCACUGAGGGAUUUUACUUUCUUGGGCUCCAUGAUCACUGCAGAUAUGUAAUCACCUGAAAGAAUCAAUUAGGCCUGGGAUUAAAUUGGGAUUAAAUAUAUAAAUAAGAAAAUGUACGAAAAGUUAGGAAAUAUGAUUAUGACUGUGAUAUGGUUUAUGAAAUAAUGAUAUUGGAAACUGCUAUAUAUAAUUACUAAGAAAUUCAGAUGGAAGAGAUUUGAAGAAGUCAAAUAAUAUGUUUAUGAAGAUGGAUCUUAAUUAAUUAAUUAAGUUUUAGUCAAGUGAUGAUUUGUUGUAUUGUAUGUUUUAUAUUCUUUUUUACUUGUCUUUUUUUUCUUUUUUCGGUUUCACUCUUUUUCUUUUUUCAGUUUCACUCAUUUUUUCUUUUUUGUUAUGUUCAUAUAUGGAAAAUAAUAAAUAUUAUUGUGAAAAAAAGAAAAGAAGUUAUUGUUUCUCCCGUAGCCACAACUGUGGAUCUCAGCAGAAAUCAAACAUCAUGCUCUGCCUCUGUGCCUUUCCAGCCUGCAGCUUUUCCUCUAGUUCACACCACAGUUCCCAAAACUUUAACUUUGUCUUUCUAGCUGGGGGAGGGGCCCCACCCAUUUGCUGUCUCAGACAGAGCCCCUUCCCUUUCAUUUCCUUUAAUGGUUCAUCACCCAGGUGAUUACCUCAUCAGGAAGCUGGUCUGGCUUCUAGUUUAACACUUAUUGUAUCCAGGAGUUCAGGAGUCUGGCACCCACAAACUCAUAUAACACUUUAUUCGGAUUCCAAUGGAUCUGUAAAUAGAUGGGUUGAGUGAAUAAUGCCAAUCCCUGAGAGUGCAUAUUUUCCUUCCAGAAACAGAUUGCAAGGGCAAGAAGGCAGGUGUUAUGAGCAGGGUUUGAGUGUGUCAGCAGUUGGCAGACUGAUCCCCAAAGCUCCCCUUGUGUGCGUGUACACACACACACACAGAGAACAGAAUUCAUCUCCCUUUCACUGGGCUUCUGUUUGCAGGUUGUCUUUGGAACGGGACAGAACUGGCCAGGAUCUCUCCCCCACCCACGUACAGUCUGCAAGUGAAGGUGCCAGGAAGAUGCUCAUGACCAAGCUGCAGAAUUUGCCCACUGUGGUCCUCUUCUGCUCUAUUUUCCUUUUCCUACUUGUUGCGAAGAACAAAUGGGAGUCUCUUGAGAAGCUUUUCUCAUCGCACGACAUCAAGGUCAAGGGCGGCCCAAAUUCCGCAGGCGAUCGUAAAAGUGCCACGGUAUUUGAAUGGGAAUCUGCACUGGAGAGGACAAAGGAGACCAAGCCCUCUGGUCUGAUUUCCCCACCACCACCAGUGGCCAAGCAGCAUCCCUUGGAGGUUAUCUAUUCCACUGAUUAUAAGUUUCUUCUCAACGAGCCAAAGAAAUGCCGGGAGAGGAGCCCUUUCUUGAUCCUGCUGGUGAUAACUGAGCCCCAGGAUUUUGCCACGAGGCAGGCCAUCCGGCAGACGUGGGGCAAAGAGAGCUCAGUGCCUGGGGUUUCCAUUCUUCGUCUCUUUCUGACGGGUGUCCACCCAAAAUUUGGAUACCUGCUCCAGGACCUUUUGGAAGAGGAGAGUUCCAUCCACAAAGAUAUUAUUCAGCAGAACUUCCUGGAUACCUACAACAACCUUACCCUGAAGACUCUGAUGGGCAUGGAGUGGAUAAGCAAGUUCUGCCCCAAUGCCACCUAUGUGGUGAAGGCAGACAGUGACAUCUUUCUCAAUGUGAACUUCAUGGUGUCCCAGCUGCUGCAGCCUCACCUGCCACCCAAGAAGAACUACAUGACAGGUCACAUCUAUAGGAAUGCAAAGCCUGUGCGUGAAAAGGCCCACAAGUGGUAUGUGCCACAGGAGGUGUACCCCAAUGAGACCUACCCGCCCUACUGCGCAGGCCCAGGGUAUGUGUUCUCUGCGGAUCUGGCCAAGAAGAUCUACCAGGUAGCAAAGACCAUCAGGGUCAUUAACAUGGAAGAUGCCUUCAUGGGAAUCUGCCUCUAUGAGCUGGGCAUCAGCGUGACAAACAGCCCCUCGGGUCUCUUCAAUGUGUACAAAGUGAAGUAUGAGAAGUGCAAGUUCUCCAAGGUGGUGGUGGUGCAUCACUACGGGCCAGAGGAGCUGCUGCAGAUUUGGCCUGGCUUUCAGGACCAGAACCAGACUUGCAAGAGUUAAAAGUGAGGGAGGUGAACAGACACACAGCCUCUUGUGGAGAAGUUGGCAUAGAGGACUGGCAACAUGCGGGCAUGUUCCUGUACAAUGGACAAAUCCAUGCCAACAAAUUGCAAUGGGGAAAGGGAAGGAUGGCUCAGAGAAGAAGGAAGAUUCUGUGCUUGUCAAAAUCAGUAUUUAUGCCCUCAGAGGCGAGCUGGCCCCACAUAACAUGCUCAUCGUGCUGUGUGGUUCGUUGUCAUUCAUACGGCUCUCCUCCCCAUAGAAUCUCUGCAGCUGCCCAAAGCGACUUGUUUGGUCUGCUCUAAACUGACCACUGUGCUACUGAUGUGCCAAAUUGACAACCUCAGAGUUUUGAGAUCUUCACAGCCACCACCUCACCUACUGGAAGAGAGCAACCCUCAAGCCAUGCAGGUGUGGCACUACGUAGCCAUGCUUAGGAUUGGCACUACGUAGGAUUGCCAUAUGUCCAGGAAUUCCCGGAAAUAUCCUCUUUUGGCGGUCCUAAAUGCCCAUCCGGGGGAAUUUUACAUUUUAAAGCAAUUGUUCGGGAUUUUGGGUUUUUUAAUAUAUAUACAUUUUUUGUGUGCAAGCAGUUCUGUAUGUUUACCUCUUGAAAUAUGGCAACCAAAAAAAGCUCAAUAAUUUUUGUGUCUGCAAACCCUACACUAGGGCAAUGCAGAAUUCACCUAUUCCAACAUGUUGAAAUGCAGCCUGGUCAUCUUUAGAGUAAUUUAAAGCAGAUCAGUAGAAGUUUCCUUCACAGUAGGAAGCCAUACUCCACAUAGGACCUGCGGCU